UGGCUUUACAGUUGAAAACGUUUUGGGCAGGGAGUAAGACGAAGUGCAUUCUUUCAGGUUUUAUCCUUGCAAACCAGUGGAGUUGUUCAGUUUUAAGGUGGUAGAAAUUUUGCCUGGUAUGUUUUGUAUGUACUAUAGAUAUGCUAGAUAUUAAACUAUGUAAAGUAACUCCUCAAAAAGAAGUGAAAGAGCUGAGUGUAUGCCAUGCUCACACCACCUGAAAGAAGACUGGCAGUGACAGGCCAUCAGUUUUAAAACCGUGAAAUCAUGGCUCAUUCAAAGACAAGAGCCAAUGAUGGAAAAAUCACAUAUCCUCCAGGAGUCAAAGAAAUCUCUGAUAAAAUAUCUAAAGAAGAGAUGGUGAGAAGGCUAAAGAUGGUUGUGAAAACUUUCAUGGAUAUGGACCAGGACUCUGAAGAAGAAAAGGAGCUCUACCUAAAUCUUGCUUUACAUCUUGCUUCAGAUUUUUUCCUCAAACAUCCUGAUAAGGAUGUACGUUUGUUGGUAGCAUGUUGUCUUGCGGAUAUUUUCAGAAUUUAUGCCCCUGAGGCUCCAUACACUUCGCCAGAUAAAUUGAAGGAUAUAUUUAUGUUCAUAACAAGGCAACUUAAAGGUUUAGAAGAUACAAAAAGCCCCCAGUUUAAUCGAUACUUUUAUUUGCUUGAGAACAUUGCUUGGGUCAAGUCUUAUAACAUAUGCUUUGAAUUAGAAGACAGCAAUGAGAUUUUUACACAGCUGUAUAGAACGCUGUUUUCAGUAAUAAACAACGGUCAUAACCAAAAAGUACACAUGCACAUGGUUGAUCUAAUGAGCUCUAUCAUUUGUGAGGGAGAUACUGUGUCACAGGAGCUUCUGGAUACAGUGCUAGUUAAUCUAGUGCCAGCACAUAAGAAUUUAAACAAGCAAGCCUAUGAUUUGGCAAAAGCCUUACUAAAGAGGACUGCGCAAGCAAUUGAACCAUACAUUACUAAUUUCUUUAAUCAAGUCCUCAUGCUUGGUAAAACAUCAAUUAGUGACCUGUCAGAGCAUGUCUUUGAUUUGAUUCUGGAGUUAUACAAUAUUGACAGUCACCUCUUGCUCUCUGUUCUACCACAGCUUGAAUUCAAACUUAAGAGCAAUGACAAUGAAGAACGUCUGCAGGUUGUGAAGCUUCUAGCAAAAAUGUUUGGGGCAAAGGAUUCAGAGUUGGCAUCUCAAAACAAACCACUUUGGCAGUGCUACCUGGGGAGGUUUAAUGAUAUCCAUGUACCAAUUCGCCUUGAGUGUGUCAAAUUUGCAAGUCAUUGCCUUAUGAACCACCCCGAUCUGGCAAAGGACUUAACAGAAUAUCUGAAAGUAAGGUCACAUGAUCCCGAGGAGGCCAUACGGCAUGAUGUUAUAGUAUCCAUAGUUACUGCUGCUAAAAAAGAUCUUUUGCUUGUCAAUGAUCACCUGCUAAAUUUCGUCAGAGAAAGGACACUGGACAAGCGGUGGAGAGUGAGGAAGGAAGCUAUGAUGGGACUUGCACAGAUAUACAAGAAAUAUUCAUUGCAAUCAGAAGCAGGAAAAGAAGCUGCAAAGCAGAUAUCAUGGAUCAAAGAUAAACUUCUGCAUAUAUAUUAUCAAAACAGUAUUGAUGACCGGUUACUUGUUGAGCGCAUUUUUGCUCAGUACAUGGUCCCUCAUAACUUGGAAACCAACGAGCGAAUGAAGUGCUUGUAUUACCUUUAUGCAACACUGGAUUCAAAUGCUGUCAAAGCAUUGAAUGAAAUGUGGAAAUGUCAAAAUCUGCUACGACACCAAGUAAAGGAUUUAGUUGACCUAAUAAAACAACCCAAAACAGAUGCCAGCAGUAAAGCUAUAUUCUCAAAAGUGAUGGUUAUAACAAGAAACCUUCCUGAUCCAGGGAAAGCUCAAGAUUUCAUGAAAAAGUUCACUCAAGUUCUAGAAGAUGAUGAAAAAAUAAGAAGUCAGUUAGAAAUGCUUGUUAGCCCAACAUGUUCUUGCAAACAGGCUGAAGGAUGUGUGAGGGAAAUAACGAAGAAGUUGGGCAAUCCAAAGCAACCAACAAAUCCUUUCCUGGAAAUGAUAAAGUUUCUUCUUGAGAGAAUUGCUCCUGUGCACAUUGAUACUGAAUCCAUCAGUGCCCUUAUCAAGCAAGUGAACAAGUCUAUAGAUGGGACAGCUGAUGAUGAAGAUGAGGGUGUACCUACUGACCAGGCAAUCAGAGCAGGUCUUGAAUUGCUGAAGGUACUUUCGUUUACACACCCUAUCUCAUUUCAUUCAGCUGAAACUUUUGAAUCUCUCCUUGCUUGCUUGAAAAUGGAUGAUGAAAAAGUGGCAGAAGCUGCAUUACAAAUUUUCAAAAAUACAGGAAGUAAAAUUGAAGAAGACUUUCCUCACAUACGAUCUGCUUUGCUUCCAGUGUUGCAUCAUAAAGCUAAAAAGGGACCCCCUCGUCAAGCCAAGUAUGCUAUUCACUGCAUCCAUGCAAUAUUUUCCAGCAAAGAAACACAGUUUGCACAGAUAUUUGAGCCCCUGCAUAAAAGUCUGGAUCCAAGCAAUUUUGAGCACCUCAUUACACCAUUGGUUACUAUUGGCCAUAUAGCCAUGCUUGCACCUGACCAAUUUGCUGCUCCUUUGAAAUCUUUGGUUGCUACUUUUAUUGUUAAAGAUUUACUAAUGAAUGAUAGGCUUCCAGGGAAAAAGACAACAAAACUCUGGGUCCCAGAUGAAGAAGUGUCUCCUGAAACCCUUGUUAAAAUUCAGGCCAUCAAGAUGAUGGUUCGGUGGUUGCUAGGAAUGAAGAACAACCACAGCAAGUCAGGAACUUCUACUCUGAGAUUGCUAACGACAAUAUUACACAGUGAUGGAGAUUUAACAGAGCAGGGGAAAAUAAGUAAACCUGAUAUGUCUCGCUUGAGGCUGGCUGCAGGGAAUGCUAUUGUGAAGUUGGCACAAGAACCUUGUUACCAUGAAAUCAUCACCUUAGAACAAUACCAGCUGUGUGCACUAGCCAUAAAUGAUGAAUGUUACCAAGUGAGACAAAUAUUUGCUCAGAAACUUCACAAAGGCCUUUCUAGACUACGGCUGCCACUAGAAUACAUGGCUAUUUGUGCACUGUGUGCAAAAGAUCCCGUGAAAGAGAGAAGAGCUCAUGCUAGGCAGUGCCUUGUGAAGAACAUAAAUGUCAGAAGGGAAUAUCUGAAGCAACAUGCAGCAGUUAGUGAGAAAUUGUUGUCACUUCUACCAGAGUAUGUUGUUCCUUAUACUAUCCAUCUUCUAGCUCAUGACCCAGAUUAUGUCAAAGUCCAGGACAUUGAACAACUCAAGGACAUUAAAGAGUGCCUGUGGUUCAUACUGGAAAUAUUAAUGGCUAAAAAUGAAAACAACAGUCAUGCAUUUAUCAGAAAAAUGGUAGAAAAUAUCAAACAGACCAAGGAUGCUCAAGGACCAGAUGAUCAAAAAAUGAAUGAAAAACUAUAUACAGUCUGUGAUGUAGCAAUGAAUAUUAUUAUGUCGAAGAGUACAACAUACAGUUUGGAAUCCCCUAAAGACCCUGUACUUCCAGCCAGAUAUUUUACUCAACCUGACAAGAAUUUCAGUAACACCAAAAAUUAUCUUCCUCCGGAAAUGAAGUCAUUUUUCACCCCUGGAAAGCCCAAAGCAGCCAAUGUUCUUGGAGCAGUUAAUAAGCCUCUUUCGUCAGCAGGCAAGCAGUCUCAAUCCAAAUCUUCACGAAUGGAAACUGUAAGCAAUGCCAGCAGCAGUUCAAAUCCAAGCUCUCCAGGAAGGAUCAAAGGGAGACUUGACAGUACUGAAAUGGACCACAGUGAAAAUGAAGAAUUCACACUGGCUUCACCCUUACCAGGAAAGAAAACUGACAAAAGGGACGACUCUGAUCUUGUAAGGUCAGAGAUAGAGAAGCCUCGAGGAAGGAAGAAAGGCGCUAUCACAGAUUCAGAAGAGAAGCUAAGCAUAGAAGACAUGAAUAAGCUGGGUCAAGAGCAGAAGCUUAGAGGUAGUCAGCGGGGAAGGAAGAGACCUGCAGUUGUAUCAGAAGCUGAUGAAACACAAUGGCAAGAGGAAAAAAGGCUAAAAGAAGAUGUGAUAGAAAGUGAGGAUGAACAGAACAGUCCACCAAAGAAAGGGAGAAGAGGACGCCCUACCAGAACAAAUAAUGGGACAACGCCAAAGGAAGAACCUGUGGCAAAGUCAUCAAAAAGGAGCAAAAAAAAACAACCGCCAGCAGCUGCAGUGGAAGAGGAGGAAGAGGAGGAGGAAAGGCAAACUGAAAACAUUGAACAAAAACCAAAAGGCAGGCAAAAUAGGACAUCAAAAAGAACACAGCAGAGAGCAGAACCAUCUGAAACUAGUACAGUUGAAUCAGCACAGUCUACGCCACAGAAAAGACGAGGAAGGUCAUCACAAACACCACCAGCACAGCAAAAAAAAGUCCGUGCGGGACGUUCCAAACAAGCAGCCAGUAAAGAGAACGAAUCCAGUGAAGAGAUGGAUGUGUUUCAGAGUGGUUCACCUGUCAGUGAUGACAUUCCCCAGGAAGAAGUAAUGGAAGAAGAGGAAGUUUCCACAAUCAAUGUCCGUCGCAGAACUUCCAAAAGGGAAAGACGAUGAGUGAGCAUGUAGUUACCAGCCUUCCAGGUGAAAGCUUUGAAGAAUGCUUUUAAUAUAAAGCUUGAGACUGAAUGAAGCUGUUAGUGCACAAACGGGGUUGCUGAAGAAAAGACAAAACCUAUUUUACUGCCCCUGCAUUUGCAGUCCCUAGGUCACAAGCUUUAGCCACACACAUGUUGAUAUCAUUAACUGUGGAUUUUUGUGAAGUGUAAUGUGCGCUGGCUUUGUAGACAUAUGAACUAAAGAAGAAAACUGUAAAUAGUUCUUUUUUUAAUGUUUCUGACUUAUAAAGUGCUUGUAUAGCUUUUAUCUGCGGCUUUAAACUGACAGUACCCCACUGUUUAUUGGAUCGAUGAUUUAAAAAAAGAACAGUUUGUUGAAAAUUGAUCUCAAGCAAUAUCUGUCAGUGUUUGUAUUUGUACUCUUGUUGACAUUUAACUGUGAAAAACAAGUCAGUUGAACAAAUAGUGCCACAUUCUUUUGCCACUAUUUGUCGAGGGGAAGAAGAGGAAGAAAAAAAAAAAAGUCUUUGUUUCCUUCAUAAGUAUAACCUAGUGUUUACCUUCAGGCACCUACCUAUCAUCAGAGGUGCUGAAUUACUUUCUUUUACAGUUGAACAAUAUUGGAUAGAAUAAGACAAGAGAUGCAAAUUUGGAAAGGAGUUUUGUUUUACACCUCAGUAUUGAUGCCAGACUUUUCUGGACUUGUAGUGGCAUUGAAAAUUCAAAAAGGAUUUAAAAUAUUUUAAUUUUAAAAGUGUGUUAUUAAAUAAUGUACUGAACACCCUACCCAUUUUAUCUUCCCCUAUCAGUUUUUAUUAAUCUACUGUAUCAAUAAAAUUCUGUAACUGAGUUUUUAAUAGUCUAGUAUGUUAAUGUGUAUAGAUAUUUCCUUCUGAACAUGAUGUUCACAAAGAGCAAAUUAUUACUACAUUAUAAUAUGAAAUCUGAUAUAUAAACAUUAGUGAAAAUACAGUUCUUAUUACAAUGUAAAGUUAAUCACAAAGAGAAAUUUUAUUGAUGCAGUGUGUCUUUAUAAAGCUGUUCUUGAGAGCCAAGUGUUUUGUAUUUUAUAGUGAAGUUGCAUGUUUAUGAAAAAUGUGCUGAAAAUGGGAUGUAAUGUUUUUUUUGAAACUCGUAUCUAGCAGUAGUAUAUGGUAGGUUGCCUCAUGAGAGAUCCUUUUAUUGAGAGUUUAUUGUACCUUUCUGUUUUGUUUUUGUUUUUUGAGCCAAAUUUUUUUUGGUAUGAAGAGCUAAGUUUUUGUUGACUAAUCAGCUGUCAAUUAUUACAGUCAAGGUAUUCAAGAUUUGAAUGAAGCUCCAGUUUUAUUUUGUGCUACAAUAGAGAGGUUGGUUUGUGUUGGAUUUUUUUUGUUUGUUUGUUUGGGUUUUGGGGUUUUUUUUUUGUUAUAAUCUGCAAAAAAACCAGACAAAAUACAUAGAGCAGUAUCCUGUAUGCAGUUUAACAGUUUACAAACUGUCUUUGAACCAAAAUAUGUAAGUUACUAUACUCUGCUUAGCCAAGCACACAUCAUAAUUUCAGGUGCUGUCCUCCCUCUGGUUCCCUACGACACAUUAAAAGUCAAUUUCUAACCUAAGAAAAUUUUAUUUCAUUGAAUAAUGGAGCGUUUUCACAUAAUCCAUCAAUAAAUAAGUUAUUGCCGCAAGGUUGCCUGUAAAGAUUAUAGGAAAGGAUAAUACUAAACCACAGAUUUUCUGAUUUUCAAACUGUAAGAUCACUAAUAAAGCAAGCAACCCUUAGAA